AAAAAAGUAUCGGGUUAACUGCCCUCCCCCUCCCUGUUUUUAACUCACCUUUUUCUUUCUUUGCUGUUCCUUUUCCAUACAAACCAUUAUGUACAAUUGCACUAAAUAUUAUUUGAAUAAUCCAAGGUUUUACAUCCCAACAGGACAUUAAAAGGACAUUCAGGGGCAAACGGUUAUCAAAAGUUGUUUUAAAUUCAUUUAAAAAAAGAUUGUUUGGAAUAUAAUAUUGGAAUGGGAUAUAUAGUUGAAGUCGUUGGCUGUGUCCAAGACAUUAUUGUGUCCUGGCAAUAAUUAUUAUUUUGAGGAAAACCGAAUUUUGCUUCGAACGUCAUUACAAGUUACUACGAUAUUCCUUCUUAAAUGUCUCGAUAACGUUAUGGGAAAAGGGUUUAUUGUAUACAUAUGGCAACAUCUCUUGCUUUGAAAACGUUUUUUGGCUAGUUUUCAGGCCUUUAGGGCAGGUUUUGCAGUCAUUGUUUUAGAAAUGUGUGCUUGCCUGGCAACCCUGCACAGAUAUAACAAUGAAAAUAGUGGCGUGUGGACGUAGCUACUUCCUGGGGUUUUUGCUAUUUUAUUAUAGGUAGCAAAGUGGACAAAUAUAUCAGUUUCCUGUAUAAAGAAAUGUAUAACCUUUUGAUAAUUUUACAACAUGCUUUGAAUAUAUUAGUGUGUUCGAGUAGAGCAGUAUGCAUGUCACGGAACUGUUUUGAACGCCCUAGCUAGCUACAUAGAAAAACAAUUGGGUUUUGAAGUACUACUCGUUCGAGACAACGAUUAAGACGUGGAAAGUCUACUACGAACAAAGUGUAGCAGAGUGGCAGGUGUGACAAUAUUGCAGUACCAAGGUACACGGGGGGACCUUGAGUGGUGUCUGAGUAUGUCACACACGUAACUCCACAGAGUUCCUGAGCAACGCCGCGGGAGGAGAGAGCUGUCAACCGGGCAGCUGAGACAUGACGUGGACAUUUCAUCCGACAGAUUGGUGCAAAUGUCAUAGCCAACGUGUAUUGUUUUGCUCUUUGAGGAAAGAGGUUGGAGAGGUAUCCCGAAGUGGCCGAGUGGGAGGGAACGAAUUAACCAGGGAAGCAUAUAUGGUCAUAUAAACUACAAGGCAAGAGCGCAUUCUCUGCCUUUUAUUCCAGUGUCUGACAGAACUGUCGAUACUAGAUAGCUACUUCACUUACCAAUUUGGAGCUCGGAGUUCGGGGGAACAUUGGUGCUAUAGCUACACAGGACCAGCUGACUGAUGCGCCUAUGUUUUAUUUGAUGACAUGAAGUCAGCCCUACAACGCUUGCUGAUUGAGUGCACGUCCCCAUCAAAGAAAUAGCUCUUGGUCACUGCUCUACUUGGCUGCUGUGAGGGAGCUCAGGGCUGUGACUGGUGAGCAGUGAGACUUCUCCACCCCAGACAGACGGACGGAGUGCCUCUGUCCGGUGCCCCUCCUCUCCUUUUCAUGGAUGCCAGGCUGGCCCUGCUGCAGCUUGGGACUCUCCUGGGCCUCCUGUACUUAGCACUGGAGUUGACUGCUGAACUGACCGCUGCCGAGGAGGUGUACACUAACACCUGGGCGGUCCACAUAGAGGGAGGACCACAAGAGGCUGACCGCAUCGCCAGGAAACAUGGUUUCAUCAACCACGGCAAUGUGUUUGGGGGUUAUUAUCACUUCCGGCAUCACACCGUGGUGAAGAGAUCCCUAUCAGGCCACAGGGGAACACACGUACGACUACAGAAGGAACCACAGGUGCGGUGGGCGGAGCAGCAGGUGUCUAGGCGGAGGAAGAAGAGGGAUGUCUACACCGAACCAUCCGACCCCAAAUUCCCCCAGCAGUGGUACCUGUCCAACCCCAGCCAAGCAGACCUGAAUGCCAAGGGAGCGUGGUCCCAGGGUUACACUGGGAGAGGAGUUGUGGUCACCAUCCUGGAUGACGGCAUAGAGAAAGACCACCCAGACCUGGCCACCAACUAUGACCCUGAGGCCAGCUAUGAUGUCAACGAUGGAGACUCUGACCCGCAGCCACGCUACACACAGCGCAACGAGAACAGACAUGGAACACGGUGUGCUGGGGAGGUUGCUGCAGCCGCCAACAACAAUGUAUGUGGGGUGGGCGUGGCAUACAACACCAAAAUUGGAGGUGUGCGUAUGCUGGACGGGGAGGUGACAGACAUGGUGGAGGCCCACUCCCUCAGCCUGAACUCACAGCACAUCCACAUCUACAGCGCCAGCUGGGGCCCAGAGGAUGACGGGAAGACGGUAGACGGCCCCGCCAAGCUAGCCAAGGAGGCCUUCCUCCGAGGAGUCACUGAGGGCCGAGGCGGGCUGGGCUCCAUCUUUGUGUGGGCAUCGGGGAAUGGUGGUCGUGAGAAGGACAGCUGUAACUGUGACGGCUACACCAACAGCAUCUACACCCUAUCCAUCAGCAGCACCACCCAGUACGGCAUGGUACCCUGGUACAGCGAGGCCUGCUCCUCCACCCUCGCCACCACCUUCAGCUCUGGGAACCCCAACGAGAAACAGAUAGUGACUACAGACCUGAGACAGAAGUGUACAGACUCCCACACGGGGACGUCAGCCUCAGCCCCCCUGGCUGCUGGGAUCAUCGCACUGGCUCUGGAAGCCAAUAUGAACCUGACAUGGAGGGACAUGCAGCACCUGGUGGUGAGAACCUCUCACCCUGCCCACCUCAGCACGGACGACUGGAGUACCAAUGGAGUGGGUCGCAGAGUGAGUCAUUCGUAUGGGUAUGGUCUGCUGGAUGCGGGGGCCAUGGUGGCCCUGGCUCAGAACUGGACAAGUGUGGACCCACAGCACCAGUGUGUUCUCACCAUGCUCUCAGAGCCUAGGGACAUAAGCAGCCGGCUGCUGUUCAGUAAGACAUUGGACGCCUGCUGGGGCAAACCAGAGUAUGUCAGCUCUCUGGAGCACGUCCAGGCCCGCCUCACUCUCUCCUACAACCACAGAGGAAACCUGGCUAUACACCUCAUCAGCCCCCUAGGGACACGCUCUACCCUGCUGGCACCCAGGCCUAAAGACUACUCAUCAGAGGGAUUUAAUGACUGGGCCUUCAUGACCACCCACUCGUGGGAUGAGGACCCUCGAGGGGAGUGGACCCUGGAGAUAGAGAACGUCUCAGAACAAGGGCACGACUAUGGUGUGUUGAGUCAGUUUACUCUGAUCCUGUACGGUACAGGCUCCAGCUCCAUUAACCCCUUGUCUCCUGACUUCCCCCGGCCGUCCAACAACAGCUGCAAGACCUUCGACGCCCAGCAGAUCUGCAUAGAGUGCAGCCCAGGCUUCUCCCUGUUCCUGCAGGGUUGUGUGAAGCUCUGCCCCCCCGGCUUCACCACGGGCCCCCAGCUCCUCAACCUGUCCCUGGACAACUGGGUGGACUUGUCCUCCGUCCAGGCCUGCCUGCCCUGCCACCCUGCCUGCCUCACCUGCUCCGGUUCCGGGCCCAACGACUGCCUCUCCUGCCCCCCUCACAGUCACCUGGUCCUCACCGCCUGCCUGCACCAGAACCAAGUCCAGCGCAAGUCCCCAACUGGCCAAGUCCUCCAGGGAGAGAGGAGUGGACCAGGGGAGAGCCCAGUGGGGUCAGAGCAGGGGGAAGAGGGAGAGCCUCCAGGGCCUAACCUGGGCCUGUCCUCUCCUCUGGUUACCCUGCUUGCAGUGCUCAGCUGUGCCUUCAUUUUGGCAGCCUUCGCCGGCGUCUUCCUCCUGCUGCAGCUGCGCUCUGGUGGCGCCCCCUGGGUCCGGAGGACCAAACUGCACUCUGUGGAGACAGGGGAGGUCUCGGGGGGCAUCCGUGUGGGCUUUGGCUUCGGCCUGGGGCUGGGCUGGGAAAGGCAGGGCAGGGUGUCUUAUAAGGGGAUCCCCACUGUGUGGAGGGACGAGGACCAGGUAACACUGGGGGGCUCUGAAUCGGACAUCGAAGACCUAGACUGCCACAGUGAAAGGACAGCCUUUAUCAGGACACAGAGCUCCCUCUAGCCCCCUCUCUGACCCCUACAUCUGGGGGAAACUCUCUUCAGAGGGGUUGGUCUCUCCGGCCCCUCCCUCUGCUAGAGCUCAUGGGUCUGUGGUUUGGGUCUGGCUCAGGCCUCGUCCCUUGCUGAGACUGAUACACAGAGAUGCUGGUCCAGGGAUGUGAUGGCAGCCCAGCAAGUACCUCCAGGUCCACUGAUUCACCCUCAAGCAUUAAUCAACAGAAAAUGUUUUAAUUCUAUAAGUACCAUAUUUUAUUGUAUAUUUUUUUUCCUUUGCUUUUAAAGACUUUAAUAAGAUUAUUCCCCUGGCCCAAGGGUCAAGGUAAAGGGAAACUACAGUUUUUGAAUUGAGUUGGGGAUCCAUAGUUUUCGCUAAUGUUUCCCAUUGACCUUAUUUUUGUUGCGGUAUACACACGGCCCUGAGCCUCUGUCCUAAUAUGAGCAGGCAUGGGAAGAGAUGUCUGUAUGUAUCAGCAUACGUGCGCGUGUAUGUGUGACUGUGACUUUGUACACAAGAGCUAAAUAGCCACCCAACAUAGUUUCUGAGUGGAUGAAGAACACAGCAGGGUUUAUUUAAUGUACAACAGAGAGAGAAAGAGAAAGUUUGGAUUUGUAAAUUAGAUUCUCUCUGUGAUAAACACCUUCUGAUUAAACUUUUUCCUACUA